CACCACCACUACCGGGUCCAAAGCCAAGCCAGUCGGUUCGUGAGUGCGGGAGUACAUGUAGCAAGUGGGAUCUAUUCUUUAAUGCACACCAGAGUGUACAGUUGUGUGUGACAUUUUCCCCUCAAUAACAGCACUUCAGUCGAAGUUUUGAUUCGGCACCGCAUACAAGUCCGUCCAGUCGUUCGUCCGCUAGACGUGCCCGGACUAAGAAAACACUCUCACAGCAAUCGGCAAUCGGCAUUACUCGUGAGUCCCCUCCGAGGACGAGGAUCUAUCUCAGGCCAACGGAAUCGUCAACCCGGCCUAAAUACGCAUGUGACAACGAGGUUAAAGUUCUCCUAAAGAGCAGAGUGUUGGUUGGUGAUCAUUGGAACUUGCCCAUGUCACUUUCCACAACGCAAGGGUUGUUGGUGUAACUUGCGCCCCGGAAAAACUUGUUGCUUCACCCUCGGUCAUGAAUCCUCCCCCUUGCUUCUUCUAAAAACACAGCUCGAACAAGCCGGCAUCCAGCAAUAACAUAGCAUCAUCAACAACAUCGUCGUCAACAACAACAACACCAACAAUAGCCGUAACAACCGUACCACAUAACCGCCGCAAUUCUUCGCCAUUCGAACAUCUGGGAAAACACCCCUGACUUGGGGAAGUGAGUGAGUUACUUACGAACCGACUCGGUCGCUCCAACCCGUCAAGGGGUAUGAAAUGGUGAGCGAGGAGACGAGAUUCCCGCUAGUGGUGCAAAUAUAACGACAAGGAGGAGGGGGAAAUUCUUUGGCUUUUCGGGUUCGGGGACGGAGGCGAAACUGUGAUAGCCCGAAGACGGGAAAUAAACACACACCACACACACACACACCCGGAUUGUUGUAGCUUCAAUGUUCAACAAGUGUGACUACUUGGACCAUUCAAGAACGGAUUUCUCAAAGUCCAUCAACCAUUGAUCUAGAUUGUGGUGUGUACUUCGAACUGAAGUGAGUGUGAACAGCUUCGCAUCUCACCAUGGACAGUCUCGCUCCAAUGAUGAUGGACGAUAAACCUUUCUACGACAUGGGCGAGCAUGAGCUCUUGGACGUUUGGAACACAGAUCUAGCCACGCAUUCGAUGGGCAAUGUGUUUGCCAAUUCAUCGCCUUCACCAUCACCACCAUUAUCCUCGCCAUCGACCCCCUCAGACUCGAUGUCAGGGGCUAGCUUUAUCACCACAGACAGCCUCGUAUCGGGCACGCCCAGCUGUCCCUGGAACGCCUCAGAUCUAGUUGGGAACAGCAUGAUCCGCAACGACCGCCUUCUCACCGACACAUCCACCAUUUUCCCCAUGGACCUGAAAUUGACACCCACGUUGAGGCCUAUGGUUCAUCCCUCGGAUGUGAUGGGCGGUUACACUUACCCCGAAGGUCAACCCAUCAAGCGAGAACCGGGCAUUAGCUCGAGGAAUCGGCCCACCAUGGGCAGCGAUGGAGACUCAUUGCCGGAGUCCCCUUUAAGCCUUUCAGAAGAUAUGGAAACAGAUUGUUAUCAUCCAUUUAUCACUUUCAACACAUCCAUGACCUCACAGACGGGCCCAAUUGUGACCUCGGCGAUGACUUCAUUGGAUACUUCCGAGAUGAUCUCUAGCUUCGUGCCUAUCAUCAAGGCCGAGACGUCCGAUCAGCCCAUUGAUCUCCAUCUGUCCCAAUCCAUUUCAAUUAGCACACCCACGUCCACAAUGAUGAGCCCCACCAUUGCUUUUAUGGAUGAUCUCUCGAAAUGUGAGGGCGAGGAGGACGUCCUCGAGGACAAGUCGGACGAGGACGAAGACGACGACGACGAGGAUGACGACGACGAGGAGGACGAGGUCAUGUCCAAGCCUGUUCCCAUUCGCACCCAAUGCAACAAUAUCCCGGUUCAAAAUGCCAAUGGCAACAACAUUGGUUACAUUAUCAAGCAGGAGCAACCCGUCUCUCCGGUAAAAAUUUGCACUCCGCCGAGCUUGCUCAAAUCCUCCUCCACUAUAGUACUUACGACCACGAAUGCCAAUGGGAGCAGCAGCCGAUUCGUCAUUCCUAAAGUCAACAUUAAAGUCAAUCCUCAUGGUGCAAUUUCCAGUUCCGCAACCACCCUGUCCUUGAGCCAGGGCAUCGUAAAUGCGUCCAUACCUGGUGGCGGCACCACCUCGUCCCCUGUGAGGAUCAGCACGUCCACGGUCAAUGGCACUCAAGUGACCGCAUCAUCAUCCUUAUCAUCCACGGUGACAACAUCUCCAGCUCGACCGAGAAAUGUCUACGGUCACUCCACCCGUCAACCCAUUCAGACGCCUCUCAUAUCCAGUCAGCCGAAAGGGUCUACGGGACCACUGUUGUUGACCGAGGAAGAAAAGCGAACUUUGCUCUCAGAAGGCUAUCAUGUUCCGCAAAGGCUGCCGUUGACGAAGCAGGAGGAAAAGUCUUUGAAAAAGAUCCGGCGAAAAAUCAAGAAUAAGAUAUCCGCUCAGGAGAGUCGUCGGAAAAAGAAAGAGUAUAUGGACUGCUUGGAGAGGAAAAUGGAUUCCCUCCAUGCGGAGUUGUCCCAAUACAAGGCCAAAUGUGUGACACUCGAAGGCCAGAACUCAAAUCUUGUUGCUCAGGUCAAGAGGCUACAAACCCAAUUGACGUCAAGAAAUGGGGCCAAGGCCAAAAAUUAAACCCACUUGAGUACACUCAAGAGUCUUUGGUCAUCUGGAUUGGACGCUUUUUGCGCAGAGGAUCAAUAACAUUCUCAAGUGCCUUAACCAUAACGUUUCUAGCUGUGAGCCUGGACCUAAUCCAUAUGACAAUCCUAAACAGCCGCCCGUACGCAGUAAAACGAACCUGUGAUCAUGGCAGCCAAACCAGAUUGAAGGAAGGAAGGAAGGAAGGACCAACCAUGUCAUUAAUUGGGUACAAUGCAAAAUCGCCCAUUUAAGACCAAUCUACAUUCCGCAUCCAUCCCCAUGUAUUCAAUCAUUCUCGCUCGUUCACCACCCAAUUGACAAACCUUUGAUAGAAAACUAACCAAUCACCGUUUGUGUGCCUUUGUCACCUUCUUUUCAACAAUGUAUAUACCUAUAAUAGGAUAGACCAUUCGUCCCUUUCACGACGAUGGAAUUUCAUCGAUCACUUUCAUGACCAAGAUAUUCCGGUAUCCAGUAAAGGCCUCCUCCCUCUCUUCUACAAACUAAUUUCACUUUCAGUAACUUUGCCUACAACACAGUUGUCUAUGAUUUUGAUCAUCGUCAUCAUAAUUAGUGCCAAACAUGUAAAUAACAACCCUCCAUAUCUGGUCUCGCCCGA